GCGACGGCCACGGGGUUGGCACGGGGUGCUGGGGCCUGGAGGAGGCGCCGCGGCGGGCGCGACAGCAGGAGGCCGCGCCUGGCAGGUUGCUGAAACAGAUCGUGAACUUCAUCGAGAGAAUUCUGUUGGAAAACCAAGACUGGCAGACUCUUUUUCUUCAGACAGUAGGCAGGAGCCAGGCAGAGUCCAGAGAUUCUUGGAACAUCUAUCUUCCCUUUGGAGGACACUAAGUUCUGUUUGAAGACAAAGGCAGUUCAAUAUGGCAGCAGGACUGAAGGGACACGAAGGAAUUGUUACAGUGAUUUGGUGACAGUUCUUCAGACAACAGUGUCUUAAAGGUGGAUCAAGAAACUCGUGAACUUUUGGGUUGCAUUAAGUGAGAAAUCAGCAUGGCUCAGGCAAGUCUCCUGGCUUGUGAAGGCCUAGCAGGUGUGAGUUUGGUUCCCACUGCAGCCAGCAAGAAGAUGAUGCUGAGCCAGAUUGCCAGCAAGCAGGCCGAGAAUGGAGAGCGGGCAGGUAGCCCUGAUGUGCUGAGGUGCUCGAGUCAGGGCCACCGAAAAGACAGCGAUAAGUCCAGGAGCCGCAAAGAUGAUGACAGCUUGGCGGAGGCCUCCCAUUCAAAAAAGACUGUUAAAAAGGUGGUGGUAGUGGAACAAAAUGGCUCUUUUCAAGUAAAGAUUCCCAAAAAUUUUGUUUGUGAACACUGCUUUGGAGCCUUUAGGAGCAGUUACCACCUCAAGAGGCACAUCCUUAUUCAUACUGGUGAGAAGCCAUUUGAGUGUGAUAUAUGUGAUAUGCGCUUCAUCCAGAAGUACCACCUGGAGCGCCAUAAGCGUGUGCACAGUGGCGAAAAGCCCUACCAGUGUGAACGGUGUCAUCAGUGUUUUUCUCGGACAGAUCGAUUACUCAGACACAAACGGAUGUGCCAAGGGUGCCAGUCCAAGACUUCCGACGGGCAGUUUUCUCUAUAGGCGCAAGGGGCCCUGGGUGGUGGGAGUGAUCAGAAGAAUCUACCGAAGAGCGCAUCCCCUCUGGUCUGAUGGUCCCACCACCACCCCGUCUGUACCUGUCCCCCUCCUGGAGGAGUGGACCCAGGAGACCAGAAGAGUGCUUCCGGGGACAGCGGCCCCAGAGCCUGAGCUCUGUAAAUAAUCUGAGACUAGGAGGAUCUCAGGGGAGUUCCUCCAGCAUUCCUGGGUAGGGAAGCUAGUCCCUGGACCCUUGGCUCAGGUCAUGGGGGGGACUCAAGGUACAGGACCAAGACUGAAGUGUGGCUCUCACAACCUUGGACUCCAGCUGGCAGCUGAAAUGGCAAAGAUUGGGGAGAGGGAUUUGUCUGUCUGUUCUGUUCUUGUUUUUGUUUAUCCAAAAGCAAUUUCAGCAGGUGCACUGUGGGUACAGGUAAUCUGGAGGCAUAGAGUCCUGGUCCAAAGCAGGGACUAUGGCUGGUCCAGCCCUCCCCCAAAAUGGAGUUUUUAGUUGCAGUUGAUCCUCAAUGUUCCACAGCCCUGCACCUCACCUUCUGUUUGAAGGAGAAUAGGAUCAGGGACGGCAGCUGAGCUCACUUUGGCCUCAUACACUGUAGGGACAAAAGGAAGAACAGGGAGGAGCAGACAAGGGCCGGAUCCAAGCCGAGUGGCCAAGUGCCUCAUCUCCUCCAAGGAAGAGCAAGAGUUGUGCCCGUGGGUGUGGUGAUGGCCCAUGCCACACUGGCACUUAAUGGGGUCAGCUCAAGUGCCUUUGGGAGGAAACUUGGCUGAGAGUGGCCCAUGAAGCCCUUUCCUUCUCUCUUUGGGCAGUUGAUCUUGGAGAUAGUUUGUGGCUACCUCGCUGCCAUUGACUCCUAAGCCAGACAGAGGUGUUGACAGGGAGUCAUGGAUCUCAGAGUGGGCUCUCUCUCCCUGUGCCCUCUUAGGAACAACCCAAGACUAGUCCCAAGUUGAGUAACAACAGUUGAAGAAACAAAGGAAUUUGGUGUCCCCUGAGAUGACUGUUGAGCAGGAGGAGCUGUUCUCCCUGCCCAAGUCCUAUCACUGUAUUCAGGUAGAGGAAAUAGGGCUCUGGCCUGCAGUCCCAAAGAACAAGAUCUUGGCUUCCUUCUUGAUGGCCAUCCCUACCUAACAAAGAACGGGAAUGGGGGGUGGGGGCG